AAAGAGAGGUAACUCUAUUUUUCUUCAUAACAACGUGAGGAAAUGUGGAGAAUUGUCUUGCUGGUUUAUUUCCUUAUCCUUGUUUCUUGUCAAGAAAAAAAUGGAAAGGAUCCCGGGGAAAGAAAUGCUUCGAAAAAGCUUAACGAAAGGGACCAAGACCAAAACUUUUUUGGAGAAAAUGGCGAUUUUCUUACCUCAUGGGCAAUCGGUGACCUACUAACCAAAUUUGAUCCCAGAAGUCAAAAGGAAAAAGCGGAUUUUCAUCCAAACGAAAGUCAAAAGGAUACAGUGAAAGAUAAAUUCGAUUCUCGUCUCGGUAAAAAGAAACUCGAUUCUCACCCUGGAAAAGGUCGAGAAGAUAAAUUAGAAACUCAUCCUGGUAAAGGGCCGCGAGAUAAAUUAGAUUCACGUCCUGGUAAAAGGAGGGACGUGAAAUUCGAUUCACAUCCUGGAAGAGAUCGACAAGACAAAUUCAGAUCUCAUCCUGGUAAAGAUAGACUAAAUAAAUUUGAUUUUCAGCCUGGUAAAGGUCGAAAAUAUGUACUAGAUUCACAUCCUGGUAAAAGUAGACGAAAUAAAUUUGAUUCUCAUCCUGGUAAAGGUCGGGGAAAUAAACAAGAUUCACAUCCUGGUAAAGGUCGAGAAAGUAAAUUCAAUUCUCACCCUGGUAAAGGUCGAAGAUAUGAACUUGAUUCUCAUCCUGGUAAAGGUCGAGAAAGUAAAUUCGAUUUUCAUCCUGGUAAAGGUCGAGAAAAUAAACUAGGUUCACAUCCUGGUAAAGGUCAAGAAAGUAAAUUCCAUUCUCAUCCUGGUAAAGGUAGAAGAAAUAAACUAGAUUCACAUCCUGAUAAAGGUCGAAAAAGUAAAUUUGAUUCUCAUUCUGGAAGAGGUCGAGACAAAACUGUCAAAGCUCGGAGAGAAAAAUUUUAUUUACUUCCUGGAAAGAAAGGUAAAGAUCGAAAAAAUAGGUUCGACUCUCGACCUGGUAAGGGUCGACAAGGAAAAUUUGAUUCACAUCCUGGUAAAGCUCGACAAGAUAAAUUCGAUUCUCAUCCUGGAAAAGGUCGACGGGAGAAAUUCGGUUCUCAUCCUGGUAAAGGUCAAUGGGAUAAUCUCGGUUCUCAUCCUGGUAAAGGUCGAAAAGGCAAGUUCUAUUCUCAUCCAGGUAAAGACCGACAAGGAAAAUUCGAUUCACGUCCUGGGAGAGGUCGACCAGAGUAAUAAAAUUUUCAUCCUGGUAGCGGUCGAUCAUAUAUAUUCGAUAUACAUCCUGAUAAAAUUUCGAUGUACAUCCUUUAUUUUACUUAAUGUCCGAUCAUGAAUAAAUAAAAAAAAAAUAGAUGUUUCUUGUACCAUAAUACGAUCUUAGAUCUAGAUUGCAUAGCAUUGCAUGUUCUGGUUUGCACUUAUAAGAAUAUGUUGU